UUUUUAAUAAAGAAUCACUCUUGUCAGUGAUCGAUCACAAAUCUUCUUCAGUUGUGCACAAUUUGUUCCACAUGCAAUAUCUGACCUGAGACCAUAUCGUAUAAUAACUAUUCAAAAAUUGUUUAUACAACAAUGAAAAGAAAAAGUAAUGUUUAAAAUCUAUUUAGAAUUAAAAUAUCCAUGAAGCAUGAAAGAUCCAACUAAAACUUUCUUCACAUCCCCUCGACAAGAACACGAUAAUCAUACGUUCGUUCCUCGUUCUAUAAUUUUUUCCUCCGCUUUUGAAAAAUCCAUUUCUAAACUUAUGAUUAUCGUCAACGACUAGAAAUACGCAAGCGGAAAACAUUAUCGAGAAAACUCUUUCAUGGAAAAUUGUAUGGAAAAAUCGAAACAACAACAAACAGAACACUUUCCCCGAGUUUCUAAUUUCACAGCGCAAGCGCACAAUCUUACGAAACUUUUCGAACCGUUCGAUUAGUCGACCAUGGAAUUAUAAUCAGUAACACUCUGGUUCUUGAUAUCCAAUCAUGAACGCGGAAAAGUUGAUGAUCGAGGAAAAACCUCCCAACGCCAAUUACAAGAACGAUUUAAGUUUCAACGUACGAUUGAACGUCUGGACGUUGAGAACAAUCGGCACUUGGCCAAGAUCUCCGGAUCAUUCCUGGUUAGAAACGCUGGAACACGUCUGUCUAAAUCUUUUCUGCUACGAACUGCUCGCGUUCAUUCUGAUCCCGUGCAGUAUAUACAUCAUCCUCGAGAUCAAGGACUUUUACAACCAGUUGAAACUCGGCAGCGCGCUCAGUUUCUUCUUGAUGGCGGUGAUGAAGUACUGCGUCUUCAUUAUUCGCGAGGACGAUAUACGUAAAUGCGUGGAACUGAUCGAAAACGAUUGGAAGAACGUGAAAUAUCAAGAGGAUCGUAAGAUAAUGUUGGAAAAUGCGAGUUUCAGUCGUCGAUUGAUCGUAAUCUGUGGCACUUUCAUGUACGGAGGGGUGAUUUUUUAUUAUAUCGCUUUGCCGCUCACUCGAGCGAAGAUCGUGGAAGAGGGUGGCAAUUUAACGUAUAGACGGCUGGUUUACCCUUUUCCCAAGGCUCUCCUAGACGCUCGUCACAGUCCAAUCAAUGAAAUUUGUUAUACGAUACAGUUAUUGUCUGGGUUUGUCGCUCAUAAUAUCACGGUCGCCGCUUGUGGUUUGGCUGCUCUUCUUGCGAUACACGCGUGUGGACAGUUGCAGAUUUUGAUGUCUUGGCUGGAAAAAUUAGUGGAUGGAAGGAAGAACGAUAACGAGAACUUGGAUCAGAGAUUGGCUAAUGUUGUGAAACAACACGUUCGGAUAAUCAAUUUCAUAGCUCUAACGGAAGAUCUCCUGCACGAGAUAUCAUUGAUAGAAGUGGUGGGGUGUACUUUGAAUAUAUGUUUCCUUGGAUAUUAUUCCAUGAUGGAAUGGGACUCGAAGCAACCUGUCAGUGGUGUCACGUACAUAAUACUACUUAUAUCCGUCACGUUUAAUAUUUUUAUAUUUUGUUAUAUCGGUGAACUCUUAGCAGAACAGACAGUGAAGGUGGGCGAGAAAUCUUAUAUGAUCGAUUGGCAUAGAAUGCCUUGGAAGAAAAGUCUUGCCAUACCAUUGAUGAUUUCCAUGUCCCAUUCGACUACCAAGAUAACCGCUGGCAACAUUAUCGAACUUUCCAUCAGCAGUUUUGGUGAUGUUAUCAAGACUUCAGUCGCGUACUUGAACAUGCUACGAACAUUCACAACGUAAUGAUUUUUUUAAAAUAUUGUCAGCGAUAAAUUCUCACACUGAACAUAGAAAAAAUAUAGAUAUAUAUAAAAAAAAAAUAUAUCACAUAUAUCUGCAUUUUUAUAAAAAUAUUUUAUUAUAGAUUAAAGAAAAAUUUUCUUUUAAGUCAAAUAACAAUAUCAUAACUGAGUACUUUUCAUGCCGAUAUU